CGCAGUACAUUCAAACUUAAGCACUUCAAAAUGAAAUUUGUUUUCGCCGUUUUGCUCAUCGUUGCUGUAAUGGCUGGAAAUAAGGCAUUCGCUCAAGGGCAAGGACAAGGCCAGUUUGGAGGUUCCGGCGGAGGACAAAUGGGAGGAAGCGGGGGAAUGGAUGCCACGGGAAGCAUGGGAGGAAGCGCGGGAGGGAGCAUGGGUGGAAGCAUGGGAGGAAGCAUGGGAGGAAGCAUGGGUGGAAGCAUGGGUGGAAGUGCGUCAGUGUCAAUGACCUUUGGAAAUUGA